AUGGAGGACAUGGCCAGGGACACAUGGCCAGGACACAUGGCCAGGGACACAUGGCCAGGGACACAUGGCCAGGGACACAUGGACAGGGACACAUGGCCAGGUACACAUGGACAGGGACACAUGGCCAGGACACAUGGCCAGGGACACAUGGACAGGGACACAUGGCCAGGUACACAUGACCAGGGACACAUGGCCAGGGACACAUGGCCAGGGACACAUGGCCAGGGACACAUGGACAGGGACACAUGGACAGGGACACAUGGCCAGGUACACAUGGCCAGGGGCACAAGACCAGGGACACAUGACCAGGGACACAUGGCCAGGACACAUGACCAGGGACACAUGGACAGGGACACAUGGACAGGGACACAUGGCCAGGUACACAUGGCCAGGACACAUGGCCAGGGACACAUGGCCAGGACACAUGGCCAGGGACACAUGGACAGGGACACAUGGACAGGGACACAUGGCCAGGUACACAUGGCCAGGGGCACAAGACCAGGGACACAUGGCCAGGGGCACAUGGCCAGGGACACAUGGCUAGGACACAUGGCUAGGGACCUUUGGCCAGGGACACAUGGCCAGGGACUCAUGGCCAGGGACACAUGGCCAAGGACACAUGGCCAGGGACACAUAGCCAGGACACAUGGCCAGGGACACAUGGCCAGGAUACAUGGCCAGGGACACAUAGUCAGGGACACAUGA